AUGUGCCACAGCGGCAUUGCGCUCGUCAUCCAGAUUGGUAACGCGGCGGCGGCAGCGGCAACCGAGGCUGAGGCUGCGUUUGCCGACCUUGCGGCCGCCCACUGCAGCACCUGCGCCGUGGCGCUGCAGCCCUGGAGCGACGGCAGCCUGCACCGCGGCAGCGGCCUGUUCCUGACGGCAGCGGCCAGCCAGGGGGAUGUCGUGCUGAGGGUGCCCACCUCGCUCUGCCUCGCCGUCGACUAUGCUGCCGGCCUGCGGCUGCCGCCGGGGGCCUGGCCCCGACUGCAGCGCGGCGUGCAGAAGGACGCCGCCCUGCCCUGGGACAUCCUGCUGGCCCUCGCGCUCCUGGACUCGCUGUCGGGCGGCGGCGACGCCUUUUGGGAGCGGUACAGCAAUGCGGUACUGCCCCAGCCCCUGGACCUCACGCUCCCCCUCUGCCUCCCGCCGCGGCUGCUGCCGCAGCUGCAGCACGCCGCCAUCGCGGCGGGGGCCGCAGCGCAGCAGGAGCGGCUGGCGGGGCUGUUCCCGGGCCUGGGCGGCAGCAUGUCCGAAGACGGACCCACCUGGCUGCAGUGGGGCUUUGGGUGCGUGCGCAGCCGGGCCUUCCGGCUGGCGGACGAGCACUUUGCCUUUGUGCCGCUGCUGGAUGUGGCCAACCACGCGGCAGACCCCUCCUGCGACUUCAGGCUGAACGCCGGCGAGGGGUGUGUGGAGCUGGUGGCUGUCAAGGAUCUGCAGCCGGGCCAGGAGGCCACCAUCAGCUACACAGGGCCCGCGGGCAUGACCAACCAGCGGCUGAUGGCGCAGUACGGCUUUGUACCGGGCGGCAACCUCGCCGACCGCCUGCAGUUCGCGGCGCUGGACGGCGCAGGGGCGGCGGGCAUAGCAGAGGCAGGGGCCGCUGGGCGGGGCUCGGCCGGCGACGCCGCUAUGGCUGAUGACGGCGCCCAGGCGGUACUGAUGUCUCUUGACCGAAUGCAGGCCUGCAUGGGGAGCGACCAGCGCAUGGCGUCUGCCAUGGGCGGACGUGACCCUUUCGCCUAUGCGGCGCUCAAGUCGCUUCCGUUUGCCGCGGACGAGGCGGCGGCGGCGCCCCUCGGCCGGCAGCUGUCGCUGGCAGAGCACCUGCACGCCGAGCUGGAGGCUGAGGCGGCUGCCUGGCCCACCAGCCUGGCACAGGACGGCGCGGUGCUGCAGGGGUGGCAGGAGCAGGGGCUGGGCGGUGGCGGCGGCGGGCUGGAUGCGCGGAUGGUGGCAGUGGUGGAGUACCGCCUGCGCCGCAAGGCCCUCGUGGCCACCUGCCGCCAGCUGCUGCUUGACUUCAUGGAGGGGCCGCCUCCGGGUGCUGCCUGA